AUGCCCUCCUGGCCACCCCGCGCAGAGGCUCUUGAGCGCCUGGAGCCGCUGGUGGGCGGCGAGCUCAGCGACCCCGCCACCAGCGCCGUCGCCGCCAACAACAUCGUGGUCGAGGCAUACGCUGCCGACCCCCAUCAGAAGGGCUUCUACGGCCGCAGCAUCAAGCGCCUUGAUGGCCUGCUCGACCGCUCCAGCGCCGACCCGCUCGCGCUCGCGCAAGGGCUCGGCACGCGGCUGUCGGCGGCGCAGCGGCGGGCGCUGCACCUCAACCGGGCGCUGCUCUACCUGCUCGGCGGCAAGGCGGACGCGGCGCGCGACCUGGCAGGCCACCUGUCCAAGGCGUUCCCCGACAGCCCCUUAGUCAUCAUGCUGCAGGCCGUGCUGCUCGCGCGCGGCGGCAAGGUCGCAGAAGCUGACAAGCUCCUGUCCAGCCUCGCCUCUGGCGCCGACGCCGACGGCGACGCGGCGCUCGCUCCGCAGCUGCUGCGCGCGCAGCUCGCGCUCGAGGACGGCGACGCGGCGGGCGCGCUGGCGCGGCUUGCGGCGCUGGGUGGCGGGCUCGCGGCGGCGCCGGGCGUGCUGGCAACGCGGGUGGCGCUGCUGGAGCAGGUUGGUGAUACCGCCGGCGCCGAGGCGCUGCUCGAGUCGGCGUUGGGCGAAUACCAAAACGCGGCCCGCGCCGACCCCCGGGACGAGGCGGCGUCAGAGGCGGUCGGCUGGUGCCUGCAGCGCCUGGUGGUUCUGAAGCUGCAGCUCGACAAGGCAGCUGAGGCCACCAAGCUCUUCCUCCAGCAGCAGCAGCAGCAGCAGGGCGGCAGGCGCGGCGCCGCGGCGGCGGCCGCCACGCCGGCAGACAGGGCGGUGCUCGCGCGGCUGGCGCGCGCGGCGGCGGCGGCGGGCGACACGGGGGCGGUCGCGGUGCUGGCCGAGCGGCUGCCGGGCGGCGCGGAUGCGGCGGGGCGGGGGCUGGACCCAGACGCUCUGGAGGAUCUGACGCGCGCGCUCAACAGCGUCCGCGCGCAGCGCCGCCGCGAGGCCGAGGCCGAGGCGUCGGCCGCGCCGGCCGACGCGGCGGGCAAGCGGCGGCGCGGCGCCGGCGGCGAGGACGGCGCGGCCGCGAAGAAGAAGCGGAAGCGGAAGCAGAGGCUGCCAAAGGGGUACGACCCGAGCAAGCCCAACGGCGGGCUGCCGCCGCCGGACCCGGAGCGCUGGCUGCCCAAGUGGCAGCGCAGCGACUUCAAGAAAAAGCAGAAGCGGCGGCGGGACAGGACGGAGGGGCCGGUCAAGGGCAGCCAGGGGGCGGGCAAGGUGGAUGACAGCCUGGACCGAGCGGCCAAGAAGGCGGAUGCCAUGGAGGUGGACCCGAAGGGCAAGGGCCCCGCGGGCGGCGCGCGGCCGAGCCUGCCGCAGCGGAAGGGCGGCAAGAAGUGA